CAUAAGAACCUCUCUAUGCUUUUUAACGUUUCCCAAACAUAUAUUUCUUUCUCAACACAACUAGUCUACAUACACGUUUCUCUUCAUGCCAAACAUGUCUGGAGGGGAGGGGAAAACGACAAUACUAUGCUCCUGGAUAACUCUUCUGUCCAUUGUCUCCAAUUGUAUUCCUCUUCUGCUUCUUCAGCUUCCAUCUAUAUGCUACAUAGUUCAACUCAUCCAGCUCACGCAAUCUAGUAUCGCCAACCCCCUAACCCUCCUUCAGCUAUACAUUAUAAAAUUGCUUCAAGUAUUCAAGCACGCCUUCAUUCCAUCGUCAACCCCCCUUCCAUUGUCGUCCUUGAUUACUCCCAAGCUCCAACCAUGCACAAUGACUGAGAUCCAACCAAAGAAAAAGUAAAAAAAAAGAACAUCUGAAGAUGAACCCUAGAAGAAAUCCCCUCCACCACGUGUCGCCUGCAGCACUGAAUGAU